CAUCAACUCUUUGGGUUGGACUCGAAUGUCAGACGCUUGUUUUGCAACAUUGUUGUCGUUUUACUUUGAACAUUUUUGAAUUUUUAAACAAAGACGUCAUAUUAAUCUAACCUGUAUAUUCAGUUAUUAUUUAUUAUAUUUCUGCAUCAAGUAAUAGCUCGAGGAAUCUGCAAAAAUGAAAUGGAUGUUUAAAGAGGACCAUUCUCUAGAGCACCGAUGUGUGGAAUCUGCCAAAAUCCGCAACAAAUACCCUGACAGGGUCCCGGUGAUUGUGGAAAAGGUGUCCGGCUCACAGAUCGUGGACAUAGACAAGCGGAAGUACUUGGUUCCGUCGGACAUCACGGUGGCCCAGUUCAUGUGGAUAAUCAGGAAGAGGAUCCAGCUGCCCUCUGAAAAGGCCAUCUUCCUAUUUGUUGACAAGACCGUCCCUCAGUCCAGCCUAACGAUGGGACAGCUGUAUGAGAAAGAGAAGGACGAGGACGGCUUUUUGUAUGUGGCGUACAGCGGGGAGAACACGUUCGGCAUUUAGACCCUCGCGCCAGCUUGGCUUCACCCCUGGCUGACCCCCCUGCCCUGCCCAAACAUCACCCCCCACCCCUCCUCUCUCACCCCUCCCAGACAACCUCGAUUGUACUGUAGACAAGCUGCCGUUUGGAAUAAAAAAAUGAAGAGGAGACAAUGAUCACUAUAUUAAUCGUAUUAUGGAUGCAUUUGUAUCUGGUCCUCUAAUAUUGUAUUGAAGCUGUAUACAUCAUUAGAUUGUUAAAUUGCAUUUAGUCAUGAACACAAGAAAGAUGGGAGUACCUUUUUGUUUAUUCUGGGUCAGUGAAGGGUUUUUAUGUAUUGGAAGUGCUUGAUAUUUUUAUUUGAUUUAAUCAUUAAUAUAAUAACUGUUUGUUGUUUUACUGUUUGGAGAGAUUUGUUUUCUUUUAAGAAUAUAUUUAAAGGAAUUUAAGUUAAUAUUUGAAAGGUAAGGUAGCUGGAUGACCUAACCAAUAAAAAAUAUAUUUAAAA